UCAGUUGGUGAGGUAAGUUAAUUAACUCUUUCUGGCCCUGUCUUCUUUCAAUGAGAUAUUAUGCUCAUAACAUCACAGGUUGUGCACCAGAAUUGGAGCUGCCCCCUAACAAACAGCUCUAGCCCCAUGGCAUGGGAUAACCUCCCAGACGGGCCCCCAGUAACUGGGGCAGGAGGCCUGCCUGAGUCUGCAGAGAGCCUGAAGCAGGAGAGUGGAGGGGAAUGGCAGCUCUCGGCAGCGCAGAUGGCUGGCAGACCUGGCAGGUUUUUGCUGGCAGCUGGGGGCAGGCUGCUGCUGUGGGAGGCUCGUCUGGGGCCUGCAUGGACAGGUGAAAGGGAUCCUGGCAGCUCAGUGUGCAGGGCAUUCCCGGGGCUGGCUGCUCUGUGAAUGGGGUAGGCGGUGAAGAGCCAGCAGGAGGAAGGGGCUGACCCCCCCCCCCUCCUUGCAGGGCUCCUAUAAGUGCAGCAAUUAGCGGCUCUGGCUCCUGAGUAGCCACUAAUGGAGCUCCUGGCAGGGGCCCAAGGCCCUGCUGCUGGGUGGGGGCAGGGCAGGAGAGUGCUUCUCCUGGCAGGUGCUAGCUGGGCUGGUUCUCCCUCUGCCCCACUUGGCAGAGUUCUUCUGAGAGGCCAUCUGGUUGCUGCCCCCCCGUUACCCCCUUCGCCUGGUGCGCCGCCAUUCCCCAGGCCACACGGUAACAGCUCUCUGCCUCUACCCCAUGGGGGUUUAGACAAGGGGCCUCUCACCCUAGGCAGGAGCAUGGCCACCCCAUACCAGCCUCACCACCCAGAGCUGGGUAUGGUUGGACUUGUGCUGGUGCAGUGAUGCACAGUCCCUAUUCCUCUGUGUGCCCUUUGCCACCUGCUCUCCAGCCAGAGCUGCCUUCCCCUCCUGCAUAGAGUCAGAACUCCUAUACCCCCAGGUUUGCCUUUAUGAACAAAACCUCCCAACCAGAGAACAGCUCAGCCCGUCUGCCCAGGCUGGGCUGCUCCAGGGCUCCUCUCUCCAGCCUACUCAGCCCGCACCCUAGAUCCUCUCUCCUCAGGGAGCCACUGCCCCAGCCCUGACACCCAGCAGGGUAAUGACCCUGCCUGGGGGAGUCACCAGCACCCACUUUCCUGGCUGACAAGUGGGGCUCAGGAAUGCCAGUGCCAGCCUCACAAGGGCCUGCAGCCUCCUGCCCCAUCAGGCACUGGCUCCCAGAAAGGCUCAUUAGUGAUGUGCCCGCCUCUCUGGCUCAGCCGGGUCCCAGUGGAGCUGGGCAGUAAGUGCAGAAAGCUCAUGUGGGAAGGUCUUAAUGUCUGCGCGAGGGAAAGGCACUUGCUGGGCCUGAGAUGGAGGCGGGGGCAGGAGGGGCGGUGGUUUCUGUUUCCUCAGACUGGAGCCUGAGCUGCCUCUGCCCAAGAAGCAGACAAGAAGAUGCUGCACAGACUCCUGCUGGGUGGCCUCCUCUGCACCACACUUCCUACCAGCUCCCUUGGCACAGCCUCAGCCCAUAACCUGCACCUCUGCGAGGGAUAUCCCAGCCCUGAUGGGCGCUACCACUCCGGCUUCUACUGCCCACGCCUCACUGACCCCCCUGCACACAGGUACUGCUGCCACCACGGAGACCACACCCUCAAAUCCUGCUGCCCCCAGCUGGACUUUGAGAGCCUGAGGAGGGUCAAUCUGUCCAAUGUGCCCACCCCAGCCAGACUCAGGAACCCACUGCCCCUGCUGGCUGUGGGGCUCUACGGCCUCCUCGUCCUCACGCUCAUGACCCUCGACUUCCUCCACUUCUGCAGACUCAACCAGUGCCGCGUCUACAGCCUCCUGAGCAGCAGCCGCCUGGGCAAGCACCUGGCCAACUCCUUCCCACACCGCUGCCCACGACCCGGCCUGGCGCGAGGAGGGACCCAGCGGCAGGAGCUGCCCGCGCGAGGAGGGACCCAGCGGCAGGAGCUGCCUACAGCCCGGCCCGGCCCGGCGGGAGGAGGGACCCAGUGGCAGGUGCUGGCUGUGACCACAGCCCGGCCCAGCCAGGACAGCAAGUGUGAAGAGCAGGCACCGCAGUGACUGGGGGUGAUACUUGGGGCAGAGGGCAUGUUAGCUGUAGGUAUUAUGGGGCAUCGUUAGCAGAGUCUGGCGCGCUGCCACUGCAAUAAAGCGAGCCCACACCUCAGCCCCGCACUGUUUGGCCUGGCCUGGCCCGGCCCGGCCCUUAUAAAGUGCCUAAGCUGCUUGACAGGCCAAGCCCUGUCCCCGAGUGCUCUGUCUGGGAUGUGACCUCUGGAGAGAGAGGAACCCUGGGCUGUGGAUAGGGGGGUGGAGUCGCAUGAUGACACAAGCUGGGCAGGGCUGGGGUCUCCUGGCCCUUGCCCUCUUCAUCCUGCCCAUGGCUCAUCUGUGCUCAGGGUCCCUGGGGCUGCCUGCAGCUCCUCGUUCACUGGUUGCACUCGUCAAUUCCCUUUUAGUGCUGGUUGUGCCUCGAUCCCCACCCUGGGCACGAGGGCUGCGGUUAGGGUCCUUGCUCCUCCGUGGCCAGCCCAGCUGCUGCGCACCUGUUCAAGGGAGCACGGGAGGGUCCACAGGGUUAUGUGUGAUGGGCAUCAGCACGGGGGUGCACGUGUGGGUGUGGGGUGUG